ACAUCCUUCUUGUCUGUCUUCGGCUCUGCCUGGUUGGACUCAAUCACUGAAGCACACAUUAUGACCAGUUUCCAUGUAACUGGGGUCUACCCAUUUGAUCCCACAGUAAUCCAUCCAUGUCAGCUUGCCCCAAGUAUUGAACAUUCCACUCAUGCUGAUCUCCCCUUACCUGUUACAUCCCCUGUUAAACGGAUGAUAGACAACACACCUUCCCCACUUGAUGACUCCCAGAACCCUCGGAUGUACCUUGAUGGUCAGAACGGUGGAAGUGAUGAGAAUGACAAUGAUGAUGGGGACGAUCAGCCAAUAAUCAACCCAUUGAUGUGUGUGACACAUCGGCAGCAAUCAGAUCUCCAAUCAUCGUGCUGCCUGGGGUCACCAAUGGCACAUUCUCAAGCAAAGAAGCGCGUGCUGGAUGAUCUAGAAUGCAUCAUGUCAUUGUCAUCAUCGUCUAAUUUCAUCGUCUCAACUGAACCACUUUCUUCGACAUUUAAACUCCCAGAGCGGGUAUAUGGUGAUGGCAGAAGCCUCCGAAACAUCCAAUGGGGCCUUGCUGAGGACACUAACGAGGGCCGGGCCCUGACAGACACGGAAUAUGAGAAGAAAACUCGUGAAGAGCUGAUUGCUGAAUUGGAUUAUGUGACAAGCGCUCUUCUUUCCCGUGAGGAGGGAGAGAAAAACAAGGAGGAAGGUGGUCGGAUCAAAGGUGUGUUUGGGCAUGUGGUGACACAUGAGGGAUUUAUUCAGCAGCAGAGUGAUCGAGCCAAGAAGAGGGAAAUGGAGGAUGCGGUGGAGAAGGCAAAGAAGGAGGUGCAGAAGGGCUGGGAGGAAUUUCAGAGACACCAGAAAGCCGGUGAGGCAGCAUGGAAAGUGCAGAAGGAACAGCUGCAAGCGCUGAAACAGAAGGUGCCAAAAAAGCCAAAAGCGGUCACAAAAAAAGACUGGAUGGCAGAAAAUUAUCCUCAGUUGGUAAUUUCGCCAUCGGAUACAGUGAAAGAGUGUGGAAAAGGAGUGGAGGAACCCAUCUGCGACGCCGAUGAGCAGUGAACGGG